AUGUAUAUGACAAAUCGUCAUCAAUCGCAAUUUAUUGGACAAGAUCUUCUAUCACGCUUUCAUUUUAAUACAGAAGUAGUAGAUGACAUAAAAACUGAUUCAGAGCUAUGUAAAGAAGAACAAUAUUACGAAUUUGAUAGAUUAGAAGCUCUUGGUAACCAACGAAAGCAUGCUUUGGAAGAAGACAAAGAAAAACUUGUUGAAGAAUAUUCAAAUAUGAAUAAUGAUGAUGAUGACGACGAUAAUCACUGA